UUUAUAUUAAGAUUAUUAGCAAAAUAAUGUAUCCAGAAAUAAAAGAGGAAAUUGUAAAUACGGGAAAUUAUGUUGUGGUGCAAAGACAAAACUUUCGAAAGUUGUGUAAAAUAACUAAGGAUGGAACUUUUACUUUAAAUAAAAAACAAAUUGAAGUGAAUGAAAUAAUAGGAAAACCUUAUUGGACUACAUUUAAAAUGAUACCAUCAAAUAAAGGUAAAAAUAAUAUGGCCUUAGAAGUAGUAGAACGAGCAGAAACAUCUGAAGAUCUCAAAAAAGGAUUGAUAAGUGGAGUUGACAAUAGAUCAAUUACUGAUGAUGGAACUUCACAAAAAUUAUCUAAAGAAGAUAUUUUAGAUCUUAAAGAAGCCGGUAAAUCGAGCAACGAAAUUGUCGGUUGUUUAAUUGAAAAUAGCAGUUCAUUCAUUUCUAAAACAGAGUACUCACAAGAGAAAUAUAUUAAGAAAAAAGAAACAAAAUAUUACAAAUAUUUGACUAUUUUGAAGCCAACUAUAUGUUUAUUACAAGAAAUUUAUUUUAAACAAGAUCAUGGUAAAAUUAACUGCAUAAGAAUGGAUACUCUAUCACAAAUAUUGUCUUAUUGCGAUGUCAAAGCUGAUGGUCAGUAUUUAUUAUAUGAUGGAGGAUCAGCUGGAUUAGUAACUGCAGCAUUAUUAAAUAGAAUAGGAGCUCAAACUGAAGGUACUCUUAUUAAUAUCCAUCCUGGUAAUCAUCCUAAUUUGACACUCGUUCUUGCUAUGAAUUUCCCAGAGGAACAACUCAAUCGACUACAGUCUGUUAAUCUUUAUACAUUUUUACGACUGUAUCAUCAAGGAAUAGAGGUUGUAGAGGCUGGAUUGACUAAAAUGUAUUCAGAGAAUAAGAAAUCAGUUGAUAACAUGAAAAGAACUCAUUCAGAUAGUGAAGAUGAUAAUUCAACGACUAAAAAAAUAAAAUUGGAGGACUUGAGUUCUGAAAAGAAGGAAGCAUUAGAAAGUAAAGAAGAUAAUCAAAAGACUUCUACAAAUAAUAGUGUUAUUUUUAAGAAACCAAAAUGGUUAUGUGAAACUCAAAAAGUUGUAGAGUCUUUGAAAGUAUCUAAAGUUGAAGGCUUAGCUGUAAUAGCUAAAGAACAUCCUCUCAAUAUUGUUAAUGCCUUAUUAACUUUUCUUGGGACUUCUAAACCAUUUGUAAUAUAUCAUUGCUAUCGAGAACCAUUGCAAGAGACUUAUGUGGCGUUAAAACAAAGAAAAGAUGUAAUUAAUUUAAAACUUUUCUCAAACUUUUUUAGAGGAUAUCAAGUGUUACCUAACAGGACUCAUCCAGAGAUAACGACCAAUGAUUUAGGAGGUUACUUAUUGUCAGGAUAUUUAGUAAAUUAAAGGAAUUUUGUUUAUAUGUUUCAUUAUAUGCAUAAAAAUUUUCAAUUAAUUACCACUACCAAUAAUGUUAUAUUAAU